GAGCACAACCGGUGGGCUUCUUCUCUUUCUUUCUUCACACAGUUUGUCCAUAUUUAGUGUAGUCAUGAUGUUUCUCAUUGUUUUUUCUUUAUUGACUGUGUGUGUGACAUCAGAAGAUCCAGAGAACGGCGUCCUCAGACUGAAGGAUGUUCCUGCGGCCGAGGCCUUCAUCAACUCCACUGAAGUGGCCGUCAUCGGGUUCUUCCAGACGGACGCCGCUCGCGGGUACAAGGAGUUCCUGUCCGCCGCUGCACAGAUGACGUCUCUCCCGGUCGCGGUGUGCGGGGAACAGGAGGUGUGGGCCAGAUACGGCAUCGCCUCCGACACCAUCUCCAUCUUCAGGAAGGCUGAUCUUCAUCAGGAGCACCUGAAUCUCUCAGAGGCCAAGAAAGUUGAUGCUGAUGGACUCGUGCGCUUUAUGACCAUGAAUAACAUUCGCUACGUCACAGAGUAUAAUCAAGCGUCUGCCGUGGGUCUGUUCCAGUCCGAGGUGAAGACGCACGUGUUGCUGUUGGCCAACAGAGGGCGCACAGACUCAGACCCGCUUCAGGAGCGCUUCAGGGAUCUCGCGCCAAAAUACACCGGCAAGAUGUUGUUUGUGCUGGUCAACGGAAGCGAGAAGUCAAACGCGCGCGUGCUGGAGUACUUCGGCCUGGAGUCACGUGACCUGCCACGGGUCGGCAUCUAUGAUGGCACCCUGGAUGAGAAGUGGCUCAUGCCGUCGGGUGAGAUCACCGCUGAGCGCGUGCAGAGCUUCUGUGACUCGUUCCUGGCCGGAGACCUGCAGCAGAAAGAGGCGGGAACAUCCGAAGACAAGACCGAACUAUAAUACGAUCCUUCAUUCUCUUCAAUACAAAUAUUAAAUGAAAUACA